AUGGAGAACGAGUCGCCGCUCACGGCAGAUGAGAGCCGCUCGUCCAGGCGGGGUCGCUUCAUGGACAAGCUCUUCGGCGGCAAGGAGAGAAAGUCGUCGGAGAGCUCUCCCAACUCGCAGGCCGCCCUCGACGCCUUCCUGCACAGCCCGGCCGGCAACCUCGAGAUUACCCAUGCGCCCCCGCCCCCGCCCAAGCUCGCCAAACUCGACACCACAAUCACUCGCUAUCCCCAGGCCUUAGCUGUCAAUCAGCAGGCCCAGCUGAACCGGCCCGUCGCCCCGGGCAAAAAGGGCCUGGUAGUCAGGUUCGCAGACUCGUACCCCGAUAUCAUAGGUGAGGGCGGCGAUGAAUCCGAGAUGCCCGUCAUCGAGAUCAGAAAGCACAAUGUGCCCAGGCGCCCUCUUGCUGCCUCGCCCCGCGCUCCGAUUCGGACCCCCGCUGCCUCUCCUGGCGGCCCGCCCGGCGCCGCCUCUGCUGGCGUCAAUGACGACUUCCAGCCAAAGUCGCUGGCUCGAUCCCAGACGGGAUACUCGUCCAUCUACGAACCCGACAACGACCCUGCCGAAGAAGCUCCUCGGGGGGCCCCCCCGACCCGAAACAACGCCGACAUGCUUCUCCCUGGGAGAGCCGCAAAUGCGAGGUUUCUCGAGACUUCGGACAGGGCAGACGAGAAUAGGAGGUCAUUCAUCGAGGUACAUCGGGCGCAAAUGCGCAAAGCAGAAGGCACAGCCUUUGCCCAGGCGUCCCGCACUGCGAGUACGGCGUCUCAGCACGAUGGGGUAGACGGCGACCACCCGGCGUCCGGCAUGGCGGGCAAUUCGCUUGGCAGCGUGCGCCGGCGACUUUCGGCCUCGCCCGACGUGCGGAGCAGACAGGUUCCCGUCUUGUACAGCCCAGCAGCUUCAAUUACCUCGAAUACAUCCAGCACAGAUCAGCAACCGCAGUCAUCGCAAUCAGCCUUCGCCGCACCCCCACCGGGCAUGGGGCCGUUCAACGGCAGUUCUCCGGCCGAGACGCCUCUGUCUGCACGAAUGGCGUCGGUGAGGCUACGCGAUGCUGGCAACCUGCCAAAAGACGACGCACUGAACAUCUUUGUGGCGAGAACAAGGCAUCUCUUUGAGCUGUUCCGGCUGCAUGCCGAGGCUGUGAAGCCGCUCACGACGUGCUCUCUGAGAGAAUGCGCACGCGGCGGACUAUGGUGGUUCCUGAAGGGUCGGAUGGGCUUGGAGUUGGCCAUUCGAGACCGCCCGAGCUCGCCCAAGUCGCAGAUGCAGAACGAACUGGACAGGCAGCAGGCCUACUCCAAUUUGGCAAAGGGCUACUGGCUCUGCGAGGAGGCAAUACCAGAGAUUGCCGACGCCCAGCGGCUGGCACCGGAUGGCGAAUCCGCGGGCGUCGUGCAGAGCCUGAUUUCGGCCCUGCGCAAGCUCUCGCAGUCAAUGAACAGGAACGGCAUCUUGCCGCCCGAGGAGCCGUUCCUGCCGCAGACCAUUGACAAAUCCAUAUGGCUCGACUACCCGCCCCUGAGCCAAGACAUUGUCGCUCUGCUCUCGGGCAACUGGGGCUCUGGGCUGACGGCGAUGCAGCACCCCACGUCGUCUCUACAACUCCUCGACGCCUUUCCCCUGGGCGACACGGCGGAAAAAUUCAACUAUGCGCGCGUCAUGGCGGACGCGUACCUCAUGGAGCAGGGCAGGGAGACGCAGAGGGUUCACUUUCCCUGCAUCCUGUCCAUUGUUCGGCCUCAAAAGGAAAAGGGGCUCGUUUUCAUGAUUGCGAGCCAGAACGGCAGUGUCCAGCUGGCGGUGCAGGAGAACAAGAAUGCGGGCCUGACGUGGGAUGACGUUCGCUGGCGAAACGACGCGUGCAACCUCGACGUCCGGCUGCCUCGAGGAUUCCGGCUGGCCGUGCAGCUCAGCCAGGUAGACUACAGGAUGGUCUGGAACAUGUAUGACUUUGGGGCCAAGAUCCAGGCGACUCUGCGCCCCCGGAGCGACGAGCUGGUCGUGUUUCGAAACAGCCUGCGGUCGUUUCAGUACCUCGAGUCGGAGCCUCCGAGCAGGGCUUUCCCCAAAGAGCCACUGCCCCGCUGCGAAGUGGCAUUAAUGGAGAAGAUCUACAAGGAGAGCGGCCCGGCCGGACCGCGCACUUGGCAUUGCGGCUUCCGCAUCGCCGUCGCCACCGGUCCCCUGACGAGAACGGUCAACGGUGUACAGCACAGCUUCUCGCCCUCGUUUCCCGUGCAAUUCGGCUUCUUUCGCGCCGAGGGGGACGCGCCGGCCCUCUCGGUCAAGUACGAGAGCGGCCGGCAGAGGGGUCGAAUGGUGUUUAUAUUCGGCGACGAGAAAGAGAGGGUCUCGUUCCAGUCGCUACUCACCGGGACGGCCCUUAACCACGACGAAAGAGUAUUCGCCGACAUCCCCCUCAAGUCGUUUAUGAUUUCGCAAAGCGUCCGGGAGCCGAUAGGCGUGGCACCGUUCAGUCGCAUGCCGUGGAGGGCGGCAAGAGUGGUCAACGAUGAGUUCUGCACCGGGGGGGAGCAUCCCUCGACAGUCCUCGCGGACAAGCUCAAGGUGGUGCUCGAGUACCAGAACGGCACGGUGACGGACAGGGUCAACGUGGCGCCCGGGGAGCUGAGAAUGCGGCUGGAGGUGUCCAACGCCAAGGUGCUGCGAGUGCUUCGGCAGCCGCAAAAGGACAUGACGGUGUCGGUGUCGGAGGCGCAGGUGCCCAAAGAGCUUCCGAGGGACCUGUCAGACGCCAUGCAGCUGCUCAAGGCCAGCCAGACGAUUCGCAGCUACGAGUUCAACAACCUCAAAGACCUGCACGACUUCCAAGCGGCGCUGACGGGGUUCGAGGUCGUGUUUGACGGCCUGGCGGCGACGUUUGCCAUUUCGCGGCGGCGGAUGGUGGUGCCGAUCCACAAGAAGUGGGAGGCGGGGUUCACGAGGAUCCAGGUGGUGAGGCUGGAGGACAGGCAGGUGCAGCUGCUGGCCUUUUUCGAGGAGUUUCACCACGGGCACUGCAUGAACUUUGUGCUCAAGGGCACCGACGUCUACGAAAGCUUCCACCGGGGAGGCAAGUCGGGCCUCAAGUUUGUCGACGCCAAGUUUCCCCUGCCGCGCGUGCCGGCGGACAAGGACGCCGACUUUGACGACAUGGCGUUUGUGUGCCUCGACCUGCCGGACCUGCCGGGAGAGCACGACGACAUUAGCAUCAUGUUUGAGAAGGAAUCAGAUCGAGAUCGGCUGUGUGAGUUAUUGCCGGCUCCUACCAAGGGGUCGUCGAGAAUGUCGUCACGACUGAAAUGA